UUACUUUGUACUGGCAAGUUGUCUGCAAGAGUUAGCUAACGUGGUCAGAACAAACCUAUUGUAGGAAACUAGCCAGCUAAAAUUAGAAAAUUUAGCAAGCCAACUAAUGUUCGCAAGCUAGCUUAGCUGGUUAAAUAGCUAGCUAGCUUCUAUGACUCCUUAAACGUGAUCUUUCCUUUUAUCAACUACCAAGCGCAGUUUAUUUUGUGGAGUGAAGUUACAUGUUGAAGCGUCGCUAUGGCAAGUUUUGUAGACGUGAAGAAUGUUGAGCCAACCCACUUUGAAGAACAACACUACGACGAAUAUGAAUACUACAACCUUUCAGAAAAAUACACAAGUGGCGCUAGCCGCAAGGGGAGGUCAAAGAAGGAAGCCAGCGACAAUACCAACCGACCCAACCCCGGAGGCCACGAGCGCAAGCUCAUAGAGAAACUUCAGAACACUGAAAAGAAGGCCAAGGAGUGAGUAAAUUGGAGGGCAAAUCGGACGGCUAACACUGGCAACCGACCAUGGCCUUGGUGACAAAACAAGAUGGGCAGACAGACGGUGAACUCCAAUGUAGAGAGGGGUGAAUAUGAGGACGGGUCACAGGCUGCCAAUGAGUUUGACUCUAGCGUCAGUGAAGGGGGAUUUCAGUCCUCUCCUUCAUAGAGCUGAUGGUAUGGAGUGGGAGUGGCCUCACUGAAGGUGAUGUAGACAACCGUGCAAGCGGUCUUCUGGACGACCUUCCCAAACAAGUGGGGAGUAAUGGGAGUGGUUGCAGGCUGCAUCAUGUUUCAGUAUCAAUGUGGUUUUGUUUUUAAGUCUUAAUUGAUAUUUGUCACUUAAUGAUUGUUUUUUUUAAAGCAAAGAGGUUCUUAAAAUUGAUUGAAAAGUGUAUUGAAAAUAAAUGCUUUCAUAAAAUGUA